UACCCCAUCGAAAAACGAAGUGUUCUGUGAAUUCCAAAGCAUAAGACACACAAAAAUACAUAAGAAAUCAAGAAAAUACGACAUAAGUGACGAGAGAAGAGCAAAAAUGAAACGAUGGAAAAUAACGCAACAGCAGUUAGUUAAGAUAUUCUAAAGAAUUCCCACCACGAUCCGCAGUGCAUGUGAAGAUUUGUGAAUUAUAGAAAAUAGAGUUCUGGCCAGCGAGCAUUUAGAAGUGCCUCAUAGCAGGUUUGACAACAAAAGCGCAGGCAUCAUCAGCGAACARUGCACAUGAGAAUUCAAGUGAAAAAUGUCUUUGCGGUUGCUGUGAACGAAAUGAUUAAAGCAAACACUUAUUUUCAACAAAAAAUACUUGGAAAAUUAUGAAUAAACGAUUUAAAACUAAACAAUAAAUUACCGCUAAGUACAACAAUUGCUAUUAUAAGCUAUUAUAAGUGAAAAAUCACGAAUCAAAUCAAACAUACCGACAAAUAACGGCGUACAACCAACAAGUGAACACGUCGCCGUGAAGCGCAGAAAAAUACAACAACUUGCGAAUAACAACAAUAGCGCAGCAGYAGCAUAAAUAUUAACAACUAAAACAAUAAUAAUAAUCAACAAGCAAGUGAUCGGACAAGCAGUUCGAAUGUAAAGUAAUAUAAUAUAUAAAAAAAAACACAAUACCAAGAAAAAAGUAGCAGAAAACAAUCUUGUUUUAUCAGCCGCCACACACCGCACCGCGCCACCUGCGCGUCCACCUACCGCGUGCURCGCGUAAACGCCAAAUACCGCAUUGAAACACAUCAGUACCUAACAAAGCGCGUACACACACACACACACACGCGCAUUCAAACCUCCAUACAUAACACAAACAUCAACACUAGAGCACAGCGCGCUCCAGCCCGCCGCAUAUCAACGGCUGGACGCCUCGCGCCGCGCCGCGCUCCGUGUCACUCAGUCGGCGUCUUGUCGUGUUGUCGCUUAACAUUUGAUUCUUAUAUUUACUAAAUACAUUAUUGCUCGCGCUAAGGUUUGYUUCACUUCUUAACAGUGUACGUGUGUUUUCGCGCGCGCACACACACAAACAUACGCACGCCGCAUUUUUUGCACGUUUUGCCUUUUGACGCCGUUUGUGUCGCCAAGCGUUGGUGUGGAAAAAAGCGCGCGCGCCAAUUUGUGAAGAAAAAAAACUGUUAGAAAAUUAAAGACGGAAAAGAAGGAGAGCACACAACGGAAUUUCAAUAUUUAACUACCAGCAUAAAACAAACUUAUCGUAACAACAGUUGUCAUCGCCGUAAAAGUAACACUUCUAAGAAUAUUCAUAUUUAAAUUGUACCAGUGCUUUUGAAGUCGAAGGCUUCCAUUACAACAGCGCAGACAAGUAGACGCAAUCCAGUAGAGGGAAGCGGCACACGACACACGCACGAGUUUGUCCCAUAACGGAACGGCAACGGCAACGGCAACAACAGCAAGAGCAGCUGCAGUAACAAUAUCCGCCGAGCUAACACCGGCAAAAGAGCCAACGACGACGACGACGACGACGACGAAUCAGCAGCGAGCGAAGAACUGAAAUCAUGGCAAAUCCGCGCAAAUUUAGUGAGAAAAUCGCAUUACAGAAGCAGCGCCAGCAAGAGGGCACCGCUGAGUUCGAGCGUAUUAUGAAAGAGGUUUACGCAACUAAAAUGGAUGAGACCCAAGCGAAUCAGAAGAUAUUGGAAUGCUGUUUAGUAAAUACUGACAUCGGCAGCAAUCACGCCACAAAUGCCAGUUUGGUAAGCGGCGCUGGUAUAGGAGGAGGSGGUAGUGGCGGCGGAGGUGGAGGAGGCGUUGUAGUUAAUACUGCAGAUGGCGGUGGUGCCGGCAAUAGCGGUGGCGCAACAAAUACCACCAACAGCGGCAGUGGUGGAGCUUCUCCGGACGGCACACAUAAUAGCAAUUCGCGUGAGUCACGUGGUCGCAGCGUCGGCGUCGGACCGAUGCGACGUCCYUCCGAGCGCAAACAAGAUCGUUCGCCAUAUGGCAGCAGCGCUGCCGUCGCAACCGGCAUGAAUGCGAGCAURAGCAACAACGCAUAUCUUAGUCCGCCAAUGGAUAGCAGUUGGCGGCGCUCGAACUCUGACUCGGCACUUCAUCAAACGCUGAAUAUGGCAGUAGCGGCUGAGGGCGGUUUCGGACCGGGUGGUGGCAUGAGCGSUAUGGGGGAUAUGAAUGCGCUGCACGCCAGUUACCAGCACCACAAUCAACGAUCUCAUUCGCCAAAUAUUGGCCGCAGCUUCAGUCCACAAGCACAAAGACGGAAAGGUCAGAUGCUACAUCAGCAGCAACAGCAGCAGCAGCAACAACACCUACAUCAUAGUCAGCAGCAUCUGCACUURCAGCAGCAACAUCAACAGCUACAGCAACACUUUCAGCAGCAACAGCAACAACAUCAUAUGCAUCAGCAACAAGCACAACAGCAACAUGUCCAGCAGCACCAUGCGCAACAGCCAGCGAGUAGCGUUAGCCAACAACCACAUCCGCAACAGUUCAAUGCCAAAUAUACUAACUGCAAUAUGCCAAUAAAUAGUCUAUUCAAAUCGCUGCAGGAGCAAACACUGGCGCUCGCCAAUACCGGUUCGUUGCCAGACCUGACGUCAUUGCAUUACUCGCCCGCACAACAACAACUAAUGCACCAGCAGCAGCAACAACAGCAAACGCUCUCGCCCAUCCUGUCACCGCUCAACAAUGGCCGCGAACGCGAUCAGUCCUCAAGUCCCUUCAGUCCGGCUGGCGGCAAUGGCAAUGGCAUAGGUGGUGGUCCACCGUCACCUUAUCAGCAGCAACAACACUCGCCCACGUCAGCCGCCAAUACACCUACAGCAGCGCAAACAUCGCCGCAUUUAUCAUUCACAAAUCUCGCCGUUCAGUCGCCAACCGGCAACGGUUGCAAUACACAAAAUACCGCACAAACCGGUACAUUCACCAACCUGCCUACCCUGGGUGCCGCCAGUUCGACGGGCAAUCUUACCGAAUAUCGGCAGCCAUUGAAUCCACCCAGUCCGGGCUCCUCACCCGGCCUGCUAACGUCCGUCUCGAGCAAUGAUGUGGUACACAUCAGCGCRCCAGCCAGUCCAAUUCGGCAUCCGCAGGCCGGCAUGAUUGGWUCCAGUAUGCAGGCCUACAAUGAGAAGAACAUGCAGGCUUUCGAUCGCUACUCACCUGCAUUAGCUGGAGCUGCGCCAGAAAAUGCUGGCUUCAACAGCCUCAACUCGUCGUUCCAUAAUCACUUUGAGCAGUUCACCCUAGGCGACAGCAAUUCCUCACCCGAGCAGCAGCAGCAGUUGCAGCAACACUUUCAGCAGCAGCGCCAGCAACAGCAGCAACAGAAUAGCUUUACCACAUUAGAUUUCGAUGUCUUCGGCGGUGCUGGCAAUGGAUCGCCUUAUUCACAGCCCCUAACACAGAGCAAACAAUUGGACUUUAGCGAUCUGACGGGCGAUUCCGGCGCUGCGGUGACGGCAACGACGCAAAGUAGUAGAGGUGGCACGUGUAACACUAACAACGGCGGCAAUACCAGCAAUAACAACAACACACACCAAGGUACACGCAUACUCUCCCAUCAAAUGUUGAAUAACAAUGGUGCCGGUGCUGGCAACAACGCGAAUAGUAACGCCAUAACAAACGGUCCCUGUCGCAUCAGCAACAACAAUGUGAAUCUGACGCAAGCGAAUGAAGUGAACUCUUCGCCCACAGCCUCACCCUUGGGUUGCCUGCCGUCACCGUCUUCACCCUUACCGAUUCCUACAAAUGCGCAAUCGCCGCAUCAUCAGCACCAGCAAUUGUCGCUGUCGCUGCACUCGCAUUCAGCACAACCAUCACCGCACCAUUCGCCUCUGCAUUCGCCACACCACGCCUCCUCACUGUCAUCCUCCUCGCCGGGCAUAACAACGCUGACGGGUGGAGUCUCGACUGCGCCACAUGUUGGUGGCAACGGCACAAAUAAUGCAUCCACGCAUCACAACCAACAUCAGCAGACGACGCAACACCACCAGCAACAGCAACAUCAUCAACAACACCACCAUCAACAGCAACAUCAUCACCAUGCACAGAACCACGCUAAUACGCCGACCAACACCAAUAUACCGGCGAUCAUCUUCUCCGACUAUUCGUCGCGUGAGAUCUUCGACUCGCUUGAUCUGGAUUUGAGUCAAAUGGACGAGACUGCGCUAGAUCUGCUAGCGGAUCAGAACUCGAUCAUGAUUGCCGAUCCAAGCAUCGAGGAUAGUUUUCGCAAAGACCUUAACUGAUACUAUGAGGAAGCUGUUGCAGCUAUUGAGAGUGGCGUACUGCUCGACGACUCCUUCGAUCCGCUGGGGCCCAUAGUCGACGUCACUGAGGUACUGGGCAAUCCGCUGGCGGAUACAACAAAGUGCAAAACAGAGGACGACACAACCGACACAGCCACAAAUACAGCAACUGCUACGACAGCAACGGAAACAGCGACCGCCGACGUGGACACAAGCAACACUCUACCCAUCACCCUCAACAUCAGCGGCCAAGAGAAUGUCGAAGACGACCUGAACAAUGUCGACGACAACAUAAGUAUCGGUCUAGGUAUCGGUAUUGGCUUGGGCAUAGACGGCGGCAGCGUUGAGAACAAUGGUGAUGUGGAGGAUUUCUUCUUCUAAAUUACGCUAGUUUUGAGCGACGGUGGUCCGGCACGAAGGURGGCAGGGKCGCCGAMUAACACAACUGUUUUCAGCGUCGUUCGCAUGAAAUGACGCCGACAGUGGUUGGCUGGAAUGACGCAUACAGUUAAAUACAAAACACGCUCAAGCCUACAUACAAGCAGCCAUACAUGGAAAUAUGUAGCCAGCAGUAUGUUUGUACGAGUUGGAUCUGAAGUACACGCGCAAGCAACAGUGGUAGCAACAGCUUUUAAAUCUCUAACAAGUAGUUAGGACUCUUAAAUGAAAUAUACAAACGUAAAUACCUAAAAUAUAUAUACAUAUAUACAUAUACAUACAAAGAAAGAAUGUUUACAUACAUAUGUAAAGUAGCAGUUAUAUUGGUUGCGGAGCAUUUGUUGAAGA